AUGUUUUCUUCAAACAUCUUUGUCAUUGUUGCUUUUAUUGCUACGAUCACGUACCUCAAUGCAACAACGUACGUAUGUGAUAGGAGUCAAGGAUGUGGCUGUUCAAAGUACGAUACAACAACUGUGAACGCGCGUAUCGUCAAUGGUGAAGCAGCGGCGGCUGGUACUUGGGGCUGGGCUGCAUCUCUCAAAUUGAAUUCAGACAAUCCAAAUUUCUGUGGUGGUACAGUAAUUAAUGAACGACAUAUCCUAACUGCUGCACACUGUAUUGCUGACUUGGAGGAAUACGGAUUCAGUAUUCGUGAUAUUGAAGUUCGUCUUGGUCUCAUUGACAUCCCAGAUCCCGGUCCACAUGUAGAAAGCUAUAGCUUGCAAAGCGCCACAAUUCAUCCCGAUUACAAUACUCAUGAUAUUGCAGCAGGCUAUGAUAUAGCAGUACUGACACUAAGUCGACCCAUUGAUUUCAAUCGAAACGAAUUCAUUUCAAAAGUAUGCCUUCCGUUUCUUAACUCUACACCACCAGAUGAUUUAGCAAACCCAGAAUAUCCAUUGCCGAACACGAAUUUGAUUGCAGUUGGUUGGGGUGUCAAACGUGAAGGUAGCCAUAUAACAUCCGACAUCCUUCAACAAGUGACACUACAGGCAGUUGAUAAGAACGAUUCGAAAUGUCGCUAUCCAGCAGAUUUUCCGGUACCAGCACAACACAAUAAUCCACAGAUACAAAUGUGUGCUGCUGCUCCGGGCAAAGGUAAGUUAUAUUUUGCAAGCCUCCAUCAUCUCGAAAUUACAGUACAAAUUCGUAAUUCUUCGUCCUUUAAUUUCAUAGAUACAUGCCAAGGUGAUAGUGGUGGACCACUGCUAAUGUUUCGACCAGAUACAAAAGUUUGGGAAUUAGUUGGUGUCACAAGCUUUGGAAAAGGUUGUGCGGAAGCAUCGUACUCUGGCGUGUACACACGAGUUGCUGCCUAUCUCGACUGGAUUAAACAGAAUGCACCAACACCUGCGCCGACUCAACCAACUACGCCUUAUCACAGUGGCGCACAACCACUACGGACGUCUGAUGGAUUUAUUAUGACAGUGAUGAGCAUUUUCCUUUCUUUUUAUUCUUAA